UCGAACAAGACGCUAGAGCUAUUGAAGUUCUGAAACCUAUUUAAAAUCUUGAACAAAAUAUUCCCAAGGAAAUGAAACUAAGCUUUUUUUUUCUUUUAUAACUACAUAAUUCCGACGUUUCGGUUCCUUUACAGCAAACGUGAUUACGGGCAGACGAAAUGUCUCAGCCAGUAUUACAAAAGUCUAUCGAGGAGCUGUUUACUGACCGGGCUGAUGUCAUUUAUCCUGAUUCCUGUAAGACAUUUAGAUCCUCAGCCCGACAGUCCAAAAUGUGCAAAAAAGAACCAGGUCUUUCAAAUAUUAUUCUCACGGCCAAGCAACAGGCACUCACAGCCUGUGAAGAUACAUUUCAAUAUGAUAGAUGGAAUUGUUCGCUUGUUUUUAAUAAACGACCGAAAAAAAGUAUUUUCAAGAAAAUCUAUAGAGAGACUGCCUUCGUCCACGCCUUGAUUGCAGCAUCUAUAGCUCAUGCUGUUGCAAGAGGUUGUGCCUCUGGCAACCUAUCCAGAUGUGCAUGUUUUGGAAGCUUCAAAAAUACAUCAUGGCAUGUUCGUGGCUGUGGAGACGAUUUUAAAUUUGGAAAAAGAUUCACAAAAAACUUUCUAGAAUGGAAACAGGCAGGGUCUGAUCAAAUCGCUGAAAUUGUUAAACAAGACAUAAUCGUCGGUAUGGACUCUGUUGGCGAACAGAUGAAAGAGAUUUGUAAAUGUCACGGAUUUUCUGGAUCGUGCACCACUAAGACUUGUUGGAAGCGACUAGGGCCAUUUAAUUCAGCUAUGGGAUUAUUGAAGAAACAUUACCACCAUGCCGUGAAAAGGAAAUUAGUGAAUUUUACAACGAAGAGAGCAGUUACGCCGAAAGCUAGGAAAAGAAUGCAACUUGACAAGAAUAAUUUGAUUUACCUACAGAAGACUCCAAAUUUAUGUGUUAGUACAAAGGGAAGAAUAUGUAAAGAUAUUCAUAAUUGUGCUACUUUGUGUUGUGGAAGAGGUUACGUUACAGGAAAGAAGAUAGUUAAGUCUAGAUGCAAAUGUAAAAUGGUGGACUGUUGUUUCGUUAAAUGCGAUACUUGUGUUGAAACAGCGGACUUGUUUACUUGCAAGUGAUUGUACACUUAAUUAUUUAUGGGAAGUCUUUUAAGAAAUAUUGUGCAUGUCGAAUAAUUUAAAAUUCAAAAUUGUAUCUGUAAGUUAUGAAAGUUGAUAUUAUGCUGUGAUAGCCAUUACGGUAGAACGAGUUGUAAGUGAGAUGGUUUAUAAAGAAGAAUGGUAUCGGAGGGUAAAAUCUUUGAUUUGAAGAAGUGAUUUAAGU